UUCAGAUCAGUCCUAAAACCCUAAUCAACUUCUCUCCACUCUAGCGGCGGUAAGCUUCCUUCUACGAUCUACACCCUCCUUCGUCCCUCCGCCUCUUCAUUUCCUACGUAUGUUUUAGUAACUCAACGAAGCUCGAAGUGUGUAUUCAGAUUAAGGCCACCUUUAAGUUUAUCUUCUGUUCGAUUUGCUGAAACAGGGUAACCGGAGCAGGAACUAAAAUGGCGACAGUUCCAGGCCAAUUGAUCUGGGAGAUCGUGAAGAGGAACAACUGUUUCCUCGUGAAGGAGUUCGGCCGUGGCAACGCCGGCGUUAGGUUCAGCAAGGAGACCAACAAUCUCUACAACCUCAACUCCUACAAGUACUCUGGUUUGGCAAACAAGAAGACCGUUUCCAUUCAGCCUGAAGGCAAGGAUGUGGCGGUUGUGCUGACAACCACAAAGACCAAGAGGCAGAACAAGCCUGCCAAUUUGAAGCACAAGUCGGUCAUGAGGAAGGAGUUCAGCUCCAUGGCUAAGGCUGUCACCAAUCAGGUUGCGGAUAACUUCUACCGCCCGGAUCUGAAGAAGGCAGCCCUUUCUAGGCUCAGUGCCAUCCACAGGAGCCUUAGGGUUGCGAAAUCCGGUGUCAAGAAGAGAACCAGGCAGGCUACUAAGAUCGCUGCAAGAAAGUGAAUUCGAAUGCUCUAGAGAGCACUUUUCGUUUCAGUACUGUCAAGAGUUUCCAGAUUAGACAAAUACUAGUUUGCAAAAUUUUGGUUUAUCAGAUCUUCGCCUACCUCGUUGUUGUCUUUGUACUGGAUAUGGUCGAAGAAUAAACUUUGGAUUUGUGAGACAUGCUAUGCCUUUAGAUAUGCACAAGAUUCAUGUUUCUAGUUUUUAAUUGCUAUGAGAUUGUUGUUCUUGAUUCUCAAUGAUCGCGGUUUUCCCAGUUCCCCAAUUUUGGUAUUGUAAAGGAGGUUACCCAUUUUUCUAUUUUCAUAGUUCAUUUAAGUCGAUGUGUAUUUGUCAAAGCACAUUGAAAAUUGGUCUGUUGACAAACAUGCUCUACAUAGAGAGAACAGAUGCAGGAAAAUUUUGCUACUACGCGAGUAAUUUCAUUUGGGAACAAACACUCUGCUAUUCAAGGAAGAAGUAUACCGUAAAAAUUAAACAUAAUUCUCAUUAUACAUAAGAUUUAUAAACUUUUUUCAAACUACCAAAGUUUCAAAGGGUUUGAGUCCCAUAAACUCGAACAACAAGCAAGUUCGACGAUGAAGAACUCGAACUAGAACCACAUCGAGUUUCUAAAACUCGAUCAAAAGUAGUUCGAUUUUGGAGAAAUCGAUCAAAGUAGAUCGAUGACAAAGGACUCGAUCAUAGUAGAUCGACUUUGGACAACUCGAUACAGCAAGAUCGAUGUCAAAAAACUCGAUCUAGUAAAACGACUUUAGAGCUCUCGAUCCAUAUCUGCACAAGAUCGAUGCCUUAAAACUCGAACAAUACAAAUCGAUUCCAAUGGACUCGAACCACUAGUCAAACCGACAUGCAUCAUAAGCUUCUUUGUUGUCAUAUAUAGAGUUUUAGAGACUCGAACUAGUGUAGUUCGAUUACACUGAACUCGAACCAAUGCUCAAUCAUUUUGUCCAGUCGCUUUCGGUCCGACAUGCUCCAGAAUACGGUGCAGGGGUAAAAUUAUUGAUUGCCCUUGAUCGAGUUUAAUUUACUCGAACUAGUGUAGUUCGAGUUUUUUGGACUCGAACCACUGCAUCAAUUUACGAGGAUAAAAAGCCAUCACUUAGCACAUUCUGACAGCUCUUUUACUUUCUAUCUUCUUUCUUCCAAACACAAAUUGCAGCUGCUGGAGUACCAUAGCUGAGCAAAGAAGAAAAUUUUUGGAGGUAAGUUCUGCUUACGUUGUUUGAAUGAACAUAUUAUAAUUUU